GUUUUCCAUUUUCUCUUCAGAGUAUAAAAUUUAAUCAUGAAUAGUUUUCUGUCUCGUGCAAACUCUGUAUUUGCAUUUAGUUUGAGUGUGACUGCUGCCCUGACCUUUGCAUGCUUUUUGACAACUAAUUUUCUAGACUACGGAGAAAAAGUUGAAAUCAAAGUAAGCGAUGCAAUCGUGAGAAAUAUAGAAGACUUCAAUGCUCACAGACAGAAAAAUGAUUUGGGGAGUUUGUCAUUCGAUUUGAAAGCAGAUUUGACUCCGGUUUUCAACUGGAAUCUGAAACAACUGUUCCUCUACCUUUUGGCGGAAUACGAAACUAAAAACAACAAAGUAAACCAAGUUGUUUUAUGGGACAAGAUCAUAAUGCGAGGACAAAAUGCCAAAAUAGAUCUCAAAAACAUGCAUACUUUGUACUACUUCUUUGAUGAUGGACAUGGACUGAAAGGGAAUCAAAAUGUGACUAUUACUUUGAGAUGGAACUUAGUUCCAAAUGCUGGGUACUUAGGAUUGGUUACAGGAACAGGAAACCACCAGUUUGCAUUUCCAAAAACAUAUGCAUCAUCCAGAAGGCAAUAAUUUUUUGCAAAUGCAGUUCUGCCAUACUUUUUUUUAUUAAUAUUGUAUUGUGUCUGUAUAAAAGACUAAAGAUAAAUAGGAAAUUCAAAAAUAUUUCAAUGCAAAUUGAGCCUGUACGUUCAUUUGCUUUCAACAUCUCUCUUUUUCUAAUUCAAGGGUCAUGAUCUUAACUUUAUAGGACAUUGCUGGAUUUUCAAUCAUGAUAAUUGAUUUCUUGGUUAGGGAUAAAUUCAGAUGUUAUCAAAGUGUGCAGACUUUACAAGUUGAUAUAUUCUGACAAAUUGAGUUUAACUUAAGUUGUGUGUGCUUUUCAAGAGAUAUAAACUCCAAAUUGGUGCAAUGGUCCACUGGUUGAAUUACACCAUUCAUGACUUUUGGGCCUUUUUUACUCAUUUUGGCAUUCAAUUGAUUUUCUUGCCUUGUAUUAUUCAGUGGAAAUCGUCUUCGUUUUGAUCAGUGUUUAUAUUUUUGAGAUUAUAAUUAGAUUCAGUCCUUGAAUAUUCAAAUUUCUUCUCAUUCAUUUUCAUAGCCUCACUGCUACUGUAUUUUUCUAUCCAGUUGCCACAAAAUGGUUUUUAGUCCACCAAAGCGCAACUAAUAUGGCCUUUUUUUGAGUACUUGGAUUAGAUUUUAUGCCUGAUCAUAAAUCAAAAGAUAGAAAGGGCUGUGUUUUUCAAAUUUGUUGGGAAUAAUUGAUGGUUUGAACGUCUUGUUAUGAAAUGCAUGAAAUAUGGUCCUACUUUUAUGGUAGAAUUUGUGCUUAUUCAGUUAUAUUUUGAUGUUUUUGUGUGAAUGGAACUAAGGAAAUGAAAUCUCAGCA